AUGCUUGUUACACGGUCGCUGGCUUUCUUCGUUCCUUUGGUUGUUCAACAAGCUUGGGCACAGCACUCUCGCGGAACGUUCGCAAAUCCUGGAACGGGACCAAAAUGGCGGUAUUGGAUAGAGGACUCGUCGGCAGAGCUUGAUGUGCUCCAAACGGAUGUCGCUGAAAUGGCGAAGAUUGGAUCAUCUGGGUUUGAGUUACUUAGCUAUCAGUCUUAUGGAGGUGUCGAGAGCGACAAAGGCGACGUCGUAGUCGAUCCGACUGAUGUGGCAUUUGGUUCAGACAAGUUUGUCACCGUCACUGAAACCCUUAUACGGGCAGCGAUAACGAAUAAUAUCACCAUCGACUUCACCCUCGGUCCCAACCAGGGCGCUGGUGUACCCGUGAAGCCUGAGGACGUUGAUCAAGAGGGAAUGCUCACAGAAUUGGUUUUCGGUUCUCAUUUCCUGAAACCAGGAGAGUCGUUCAAUGGAACUUUACCACCUCCAGUUAUUGUACCAUUUGUUGCUACCGACGGCGUCAUCCGGAGUGCAAAUACGACUGAGAAGUUUCUGGUUGCAGUACUUGGCGCACAACUAGUCCAGGGCGCAAAUCCCAGUGCAAAAUUGGUGUCACUUGAUUUCAACACGGUCAUGGAUCUCACCGACACGGUUCAAGAUUCAGAUAGCACGUCUAGCGUUUCCUGGACUCCCAAUGCCAAUCGAACAUCUGUUCUCCUUGCGUAUUAUUAUCGUCGAAAUGGAUUCCCAGAAGCACGAGGGGGGUUUAAUGGUGUUCAGGACAACAAACCAGGCUCUUGGGGAUCAUUUAUUGUCGACCAUUUUUCGCCAAAGGGCGUCAAUAUCUCUUCGACUUUCAUACAGAACAGUGUUUUGUCUCGGAAUGGUAUUGGGGAGUUACUUGCUGAACCUGGUGUCGGAAAAUACAUGUGGGAGGAUAGUAUGGAGUUCCAGGCGCAAGUGUGGUGGACACCUACUCUCCCACAGCGGUUCCAAGAACGUCAUGGGUACAGUAUCAAUAAGGCCCUCCCCGUAUUCCAUUCCCUCUUACCUGCCCAUGCGAUGUUUGCAAGUGGUCUCAACGUGAAUCAGACUUUCGAUUAUGGAUCUACCUCCAAUGCCUGGGCAUUUACCGAUGACUACCGGGAUACUCUCACCACGUUAUACAUGGACUAUAUGUUGGCCUUCAACGAGUGGUCAAACUCGAUUGGCCUUCAAUUUUCCAACCAACCGGCCUAUAACUACCAACUGGACGUAGGAGCCAGUGCCCCGGUUCCUGAUGUUCCAGAAAUCGAGUCUCUGGGAUUCCCUACUAUUGAUCAAGCAAGGGAAAUAUCCGGCGGUGUUCAUCUCGGGAAACGCCCAAUCUUUUCAAGCGAAACUGGUGCGCGACGUAACUUAGCGAUGGCCCUCACAAUGGCGCAAUUACUCGAAGACAGCAAGGGACAAUUUGCAAGUCACGUCAAUCUUCUCAUGCUUCACGGUUAUUCGUACAGUGGCCCUUAUCCCAAAACAACAUGGCCGGGGAUCUGUACUUUUGCCUAUAACUUUGCUGAAAUGCAUGGUCCAAGAAUGCCUGCUUGGGACCAUUAUGGGGAGUACAUGUCGUUCCUCGCUCGAAACCAAUACAUCCUUCAAUCCGGUGUGCCGAAAGUCGACGUCGCGCUCUACCGCAGGGCAUAUGAUGCAACUCGUAAUCGACCCUCGCCAUUCCCGAGCACCGCGCUCAUCAAUGCCGGUUAUACGUACGAGUAUGUCAGCCCAGAGAACUUCAAACUUCCUGGUGUAUCUGUCUCCGAAGGUCACCUUGCAGUCGACGGACCUGCUUAUAAGGCUCUUGUGCUCAGUCGAGUUCAGAACAUCACCAUAGAUGCUGCUCAGAGUCUGAUAGAAUUUGCUACCGACGGUCUACCUAUUGUUAUUGCAGGCGGUCUUCCUAGAGGUAUCCCCGGUUUUGAUGUGCAAGAUGGGAAGCAGAACACUCGCGUAAAUGACCUAAUGCAGCAACUCACUGCUUUGCCUGUGGUGAAGGUUGUCACAGAUGAAGAUGCCAUCCCUGGCGCUCUUUUGUCAUUGGGUGUAGCCCCAGCUACCUCAAUCCAUCCUCUUUCCCCUUCCCUUUACGCCAUCCGACGUAACGAAAACACCGCUUCUGGCACCACCAGCCACUUUUUCUUAUAUAACCAGAACAGCACUGCCAUCAAUUUCACCCUUACAUUGUCGCCCGGUUUCAAUGGAACACCCUUCGUACUGGACCCAUGGAAUGGUACAGUUAGUCCUGUCGCCAUAUGGAGUAGGACUGACAAAGGUAUCGUCAUACCUGGCAUAUCCCUCGCCCCACUACAGUCGGCACUAUUCACUGUUACGUCCGAACAGAGCUUCGAAGGCGUAUCGUCGCCAGCAGUUCAUAUAACCAAAGCUGGCGCCGAUGUCUUCGCUGCGAUUUCGUCCUCAGGUAUCGAGGUGCGUUCCCUCCACGAAGGAUCGCAGCAGAUCACACUUUCAAACGGACAAUCACGGACUGUCAAACUCGCACUCGAUGGUGCGAAUACCCAAGAGUUGACGGGAUGGCAGCUGAAUAUUACCAGUUGGGAGCCGCCUCAAGAUCUCAGCAAGGUCGAUUCGGUACUUGUUCCUCAUCCACCCAUCAACCUCACUCAGGGACUUGUUCCUUGGGAUCAACUUGAUGGGCACGCAAACACAUCUGGAGUAGGAACAUAUGUGACUACGUUCGAAUGGACCCAUGCUCGGAACGGUGGUGUUGGUGUACAGCUCAACUUUGGUGUCGUUGUACACACUUUAAAAGCAUGGUUGAAUGGUGUUCAACUUACGACUGCCGAUCCAGUGCAUCCUGUUAUCGACAUCUCUGCACUUGUCAAGCAGGGAAGUAAUACACUACGAGUAGAUGCUGCAAGCACGCUCGUGAAUGCCCUCAAUACGGUUCCCCAAAUUAUGUCCUUGGGCCAGUUGCGUAGUUCCACCGACCCACAGAGGCCACCGAAUCAACAUUACGGUUUAAUCGUUCCCGUUAGGUUAAUUCCAUACGCUCGGGGGGCAGUCCGUUUAUGA